AAUAAUAUUCACGUGACUCAGCACCCCACCCGCCCACUCGUCUCCAAAGACUUCUCGAACUGGUCGAUACCCCGCGUCACGAUCGAGGAUCGUCUUUUCUAACUAUCCUAACCUUCAAUUGGUAACAGUUCCUCACCAUGCCGGCACUUCAAUCGAGCAAGCUCGCCUUCAUUGGCGGUGGCAACAUGGCGUCGGCAAUCAUCGGCGGUCUCCUCAGCCAAGGGAUCAACAAGCAGAACAUCACCGUGUCUGAGCCAUGGGAGGUCAAUCGCAACAAGAUCGCCGACCUGGGUGUCAAAACUACCACUUCCAACGUCGUUGCCGGGGGUGAAGCAGACCUGGUCAUUAUCGCGGUCAAACCGCAGGUCACAAAGGCUGUGUGCGAAGAGCUGGCCGACGCCUGGUCCAAGCGUGAGACACUGCCGGUGGUAGUCAGCAUUGCUGCCGGUAUCACUCUGGGUAGUCUACAGCAGUGGCUCAAGACAUCUGACGGCAGGACCACGCAUCUGGUUCGCGUCAUGCCGAACACACCUGCGCUUGUCGGAGAGGGUGCAUCGGGCCUGUUCGCCAGCGCGGACGUGACUGCGGAGGAGAAGGAGCUUGUCAACGCGCUUCUCGGCAGCGUCAGCAAGGCUACGGAAUGGGUGGACAAGGAGGAAUUGAUCGAUGUCGUCACUGGUCUUUCCGGGUCCGGACCUGCAUACUUCUUCGCCAUGGUCGAGCACCUGAUCGCCAGUGCCACCGCGCUCGGCCUGCCGGCCGAGCAAGCCACGCGCCUGGCGGCCCAGACCUGUCUCGGAGCCGGAAAGAUGCUGACCGAAUCGUCCGACAGCCCUACGCAGCUGCGCAAGAACGUGACCAGCCCGAACGGAACGACGCACGCCGCUCUGGAGACCUUCAAUGCGCAGCACUUUGACCAGGUUGUGGAUAAGGCUGUGAAGGCGGCUACUUCCCGCGCGGCCGAAUUGGGUAACACUCUUGGCAAAUAGACACCCGAUGUAUAUUAUAGACGGAAGAAGUUGAAUCCAACUAAUGCAACCGC